CCCUUUUCGGCGUCCUCGCGAGCGGCUGUUGGUGCUCGUCGCCCGCGCUCUCGCGGAACUGCCGCUGCGCUUCCGGCAAGACGAGCAAGAUGGAGGCGGUGGGAGCUUGAGAGCGGCUUCCCCCCACCCCCCGCCCGACCGCUGCCCGCCAUGGCGGACGAUGCUGAGCUGGAGAGGAAGGCAGUGGAAGAGCUAUUGACAGAAGCUAAGCGUGGGAAAACUAGAGCAGAAACCAUGGGGCCCAUGGGCUGGAUGAAGUGCCCUCUUGCCAGUACAAAUAAAAGGUUUCUCAUUAACACUAUUAAGAACACAUUGCACUCACCAACAGAGCAAGACCAAGAACAGAAGCCUCAAGAAGAAAAUAAGGAAUCUGAGCCAAGUCAGAGCAGGGAAGAAGAAACCAAACCAAAGAGACACAGACUGCAUCCUUACAAACCUAGUUUUCGGUCUAGGAGAAGAGUCAGCUACUCUCCUCCCAGGCAUAGGCACAAGCACAAGCACGGGAACCAGAACACAAAGGACAAGGAUGAAAAGCGAUCCGGCAAAUAAUGAGAAAACAUUAUGGCGAAGAAUAUAAUUUAGCUAUUAACUGUGGGGAAAUGUUCAUUUAACUUGUGACUUGAAAGUAUUGCUCAGUACAAAUAUCUGUUGUAACAGUUUAAAGUUGAGUCCUUACAUACCUAAAAAAUGAUUCUGUGCUUCCUUUCUGUUACUAUAUUACCCCAAAUUAAAUUUUGAUGGUUGUGAAGA